GCAUCAUGCAGAGCAGGCGACAGAAGAAGCAGGGAGCAGCAGCAGCAGCAGUCGGUUUGCGGAGCCCCAAAAACACGGUCCAACCGGCGGAUAAAACAGAGUUUCCAAAGCGAGAGAAGAGUCUGGUUCCGUGAAAAUGUAUUUCUUCGCAGUGUUUGUCCUUUUGGGGACAGGACUGGCGGCAAACGGCGAGAUUCAUUCCCUCACUUACAUCUACACGGGCUUCUCCAAACCUGUCGGCCUCCCGGGCAUCCACGAGUUCACAGCCAUGGGUCUGCUCAACGGCAGGAUGAUCGACUACUUUGACAGCGACAACCAGAAGAAAGUUCCCAAACAGGACUGGAUGAAAGAGCGACUGCCUGCGGAUUACUGGGACAAAGGCACCCAGUCCCGCCAGAGCAAGCAGCAGUGGUUCAAAGAAAGCAUCAACAUCCUGAAGGAACGAAUGAGACAGAAUGACACGGACACCCAUAUUCUCCAGUGGAUGGUCGGCUGCAAAGGCGAUAUGAAGGACGGAGUGAUCAAGUUCCGACACGGCAUGAACAUGUACAGCUACGACGGAAACAACUUCCUGUCAUUUGACAACGCCAGCGGCGUCUGGGUCGCCGUAACUGAGGCGGCAGUCCAGACCAAGAGAAAGUGGGACGAAGUCCAGGUCCUAAAAGAAUACACCAAAGGCUACCUGGAGAACGAGUGCAUCGAUUGGUUGGGGAAGUUUAUCAAUUAUGGACAAAAACAGCUAACAGAAGCCAUUCCUCCGGAGGUGCACCUGUUUAAAAAGAACACCAAAGUUGAAGGAAAAAUCCUUUUGACGUGCCUGGCCACAGGUUUCUUACCAAAAGAAAUCACCCUGAACAUGAAAAUCAACGGCAGUGUUCUAACUGAAGCGGACGGAGUUGUGUCCUCCGGCGUUCGACCCAAUGGUGACGAGACCUUCCAGAGACGAGACAGCGUGGAGAUUUUACGGAGUGACGUGUGUACCUUCACCUGUGAAGUGAUCCAUCAGGCAUCCAAGUUACAUGUUGAGGAGGAGUGGGUUUGUACAGUUUCUCACAGAGAAUCAAUAGGAAUCCUUGAUGGGGCGAAAGGAAUCAUGAUCGGGAUCCUUGUCCCCGUCGGGGUCGGGGUGGUGCUGUUAGUCUUGUAUAGAAGAGAAAUAAUUGAAGCUCGCAGAGACAAAGGCAGCCAAGGCAAUAAUGGCAGUAACAAUGGCCCAGUCGUGUACCACCUUGCCCCCGAGGGAUCAGUUGAAUCUCUCAACAGCAAUCGGAGUCGUGACAAUCGUGAAAAAGAUUGCAUUCGGACUUAAGCUGCAUCAUAUCAGAGCUAAGCUAAACGCUGCUAAGCUAGCGCCAGCUCCAUGGCGACUUCCAUUCCUCCCUGCAAAAUGUCCUCGUUUAGGAAUGCAAACAAAGACGUUGUUGACCUUAAGGAAGAUGUUCGUCUGCUUUUCGAGGACUUAAAGGCCAAAGACUCCUUGUUAACCGCCUGCCUGGCUCAUGAACAAUCGCUCCAGAUCUCAACCCUCUCAGCGGCCCUCCAGUGUUGGGAAAGUUCACUUUCUACGUGAACUCAAAGUUCAGUUCACAAAUUUUAAAAUGAACUAAGUUCAGAGUUCAUACUUCAACAUUUUGAACUAAGUUCACAGUUCCCAAAAAUGAACUAAGUUCAUAGUUCUUUUUUUCCGUAUAUUGCCGUGAACUUUUAUUUUUCAAAAUUAUUGCCACAGCCCACAUAGAACCACAGACAGCAUUUAUUUUUUUUAACACUGAAACUAUGCGUCAGAUUUCAUCUUCAUAUCCAAUCAGUCCAACGUGCCUUUUCAGGUCUGCUGUGGAUAGGACUUGAAGUGCAGAUUUUCUUUUUGAAAGCCGGCUGGCAAAGUUUGCACAGAAAUGUAAGAUUUUUCCAUCCUCACCGACCUUUUUUUCCGUUAAAAUGAUCAUACGAAGCCUCCUUGCUGCUUUGUCGCCUCCUUGCUGCUUUUUGUUUUGAUGA